CGCCGUGUGCGUGCGUCCAGCCUCCGACACCCCUCCUGCAGUCCUGCUCUGCUCGUCGCCUACUCGCCUCCCCUCCUCGGCUCCACCUACACCCACCACCACCACCAAGAACCCCCGCAAGAUUCGCUCGCCCGGGCGGGCCGCCAUGGUCACAUCGGCGGCGCCGGAGCUGCCGCCGCGGUACUACGCGGCGGCGCGCUCCGGCCACCGCUCCUCCUCCUCCCCCGCGGCGUCCUGCGCCGUGGCCCUCCUCUUCCUCCUCCUGGCCGCCGGCGGCGCCGCGGCCGCGCUGUUCCUGCUCUACCGCCCCCGCGCACCGGCCAUCGCCGUCACCGCCGUGCAGCUGCCCGCCUUCGCCGCCGCCAAUGGCACCGUCGCCUUCACCUUCCAGCAGCUCGCCUCCGUGCGCAACCCCAACCGCGCCCCGCUCGCGCACUACGACAGCUCCCUCCGCGUCGCCUGCGCCGGCGCCGAGCUCGCCUCCAUGUACAUCCCCGCCGGCCGGAUCGACGGCGGCCGCACGCAGUACAUGGCCACCAGCUUCAACGUCCCCGCCUUCGCCGUCCCGGGCCCCGCCGCCGCGCAGCCGGCCACCAUCUCCGUCCCCGCCUCCGGGCCGUCCCCGCACGUCACGGCCGCGCUGGUGGAGCAGCAGCCGCCGGUGAUGGAGGUGGACUCGCUGCUGGUGGUCAAGGGCAAGGUAACCGUGCUCAAGGUCUUCACCCACCACGUCGAGGCCGCCAAGGUCUGCCGCAUCGGCGUCUCGCCCGCCGACGGCCGCGUGCUCGGAUUCCGGUGCUGACACUACUGCUCGGCGGCCAGCCAAGAUCUGACAGACAAUCUCAUCAGCCUGUUUCGUUGGUAGUACUCUUUGUCUCAGUAUCAAAUUAGCUUCUUUGGAUUCGGUCCAGUCAGUGAAAUUGUAGCAUAAGCUCGGCCGAUUUGUAAAUUAGAUUAAUCCCUUUGGUUCUGAAGAUCUGUAGUUCUUUUUUCAGUUUACCAUGGUUACUAGAUUUGUGUUGUAUGCUUGAUGUUGUAGAUUAUCACUGAUAGAUUGUUAGGUGCUCAGAGUCCAGACCAAACAAAGAGUUUGUUCUUGAGAUGGAUGUUCCAAUUAGACCAAUUCACAAUUGAUCCCUUGUGUCAAGAAAACAAGGUCAGGCAAUAUUAGUAGUGUUAUGAAUUUCAUCGUGCAUCCUUUUUUAUU